UAUCUACUCCUUACCCAAUACUCAACUAAAUAAAGUUGACUUGGAAGACUUUAUCAUUGCACCUCUUAUGCUUCAAUGGUUCCUGUAUCUUUUGAAGACAGUGGGAAAAAGGGCUGCUGUUGUUUCUCUUUGGAUGAGAGUAUCUUCUCUGCCUUGAUAUAGUUAAAUAUAAUCUUCCAUCUGCGAGAAAUGACAACAGCGCAAACAGUCCUAAAAACAGUAACAUCGACAUUGCUGAGCAUGAUGAGGAGUUUACUGCAGUGGCUUCCUCUUCAUUACCAUCUCGGUAAUUGAUGACAGCCCAAACAAUCCUAACCGUAGUAGCAUCAAUAUGGCGCAGAAUGCUGAUGAAUAUGCUCCAGUCUCUUCCCCUUCAUCUUUGCAAAGGAUUAGCAGCUCCGAAUUCUAUGAAGCAGGUUUAAUCUAUUACUUGGAACUGUACCAAGCUGUGCUCAAUGGUGACUGGGAAAGUGCUUCAAAAAUAUUGGAGGAUGAUCCACAAUCAUUGUCCGCCCCGAUCGGAACAGAUGAUUCCCCAGUGCUUCACAUAGCAGUUGGGUUAGGAGAGGCCAGAAUGGGUUUCGUGAAGAAGUUGGUUGAGUUUAUGCCAAGUGAUAAACUGGCUCUGCAGGAUUCUGAUGGCGCCACUGCCCUUUUCAACGCUGUAAGUGCUGGCAAUAUAAAAGCAGUCAAGUUGUUAGUGAACAAAAACCCAAGCUUGCCCAAUAUCUGCCAACUACAACUUUUAGUGCCUCUUCACAGCGCUCUUAGGUGUGCUCAUAAAGAGCUGACUUUAUAUUUAUUAACCGUCACCAGAGAUGAUGUAGAUCCAAGUCCUUUCGCAGACAAGCCUGGAUUCGAACUUUUGCGCAGAGCUCUAAUGGUGGGGUUUCAUGAUGUAGCACUGUAUCUGGUUAAACGUUAUCCUGACCUUGCCACAUGCCAUUUCGAUUCCGCCCGCCACGAUGAUGCAAAUGAUUCUGAUGAGGAUUUUUCCCUUUUGACUGUAUUGGCUAAAAGGCCUUGGGCUUUCCGAAGUGGAAGUUGCUUCAAAUUAUGGCAACUCAUGAUAUAUCACUGUGUUCCUGUGAAAUUGAACCAUUUUGUUAGUCAACCUAAUAGAGGAGGCAUGGAGAAUCAAGUUGGUAGCCAUGAACUAUCCACACAAAUGUGCUAUUGUACUCGAUUGUUCAAAGUACCACCCAUCAAGCACAUCCAAGAAACAAAAACAAUGCAUUCUCUGACUCUUCAAUUGCUUAACCACCUAUGUACUGAAGUUUUGAAAGCAUCAAGAGCACAGGAAAUAUUUAAACUAGCCUUCAUUACUGGGGCAAAAUAUGGGAUUCCCGAGAUUCUGCAAGAGAUUAUGAAGUCAUAUCCUUUUGCCCUCGAGUAUCUGGAUGAGGAUGUAUUCAAAUUGGCAGUAUUAAAUCGUUAUGAAAAGAUUUUCAACCUCAUCUGUGGAACCGAUAUGCAUAGAGAACUUAUAAUACGAGCCAAAGAUGAUUUAAAUAACAUCUUGCAUUUGGUUGGAAAAUUGGCCCCUCCGCACCGGCUCAGUCUCGUUUCUGGUGCAGCUCUACAAAUGCAACGCGAGUUACAUUGGUUUAAGAUGCCCCGAGAGCCUUCAGUGAAUCUGAGAAAUGAAAAAAAAGAUAAACCGAAAAUGGCAUUUAUAAAGGAACAUGAAAAAUUGAUAAAAGAAAGGGAGAAAUGGAUGAAAGGCACAGCAAAAUGUUACACAUUAGCAGCAGCGCUUAUUGCUACUGUAGUGUUUGCAGCAGCAAUUACCAUCCCGGGUGGCAACCAUGAUGAUACUGGCAUACCAAAUUUCACCAAAGAAAAGGCCUUCAAAGUUUUUGCAGCUUCCGAUGCUCUUUCCCUCUUACUAUCCAUUGCUUCGGUGCUGAUAUGCCUAUCCAUUCUCACGGCACGAUAUGCAGAAGAUGAUUUUCUUUUUGCCCUUCCCAGGAGGUUGAUAUUUGGCCUUGUUACUCUAUUCCUCUCCGUAACAUUCAUGAUGAUAGCCUACAGUAGCGCAAUCUAUCUUCUCUUUGGUGAAAAGAAGGCAUGGAUUCUUAUUACCUUGGCAGCAUUAGUCUGUUUGCCAGUGACCUUGUACGGAAUUUUGCAGUUUCCCUUCCUUGUGGAAUUGAUUUAUUCCACAUACGGCCCAGGCAUUUUUGGCAAACAUAGUAAUCGUCUGAUCCGAUAGAUCGACAAUCAUGGUGAGAGUAUUCGAUACAAUUAUGUACGUUGGGAUUUGCAUCAAAUUCAUGACUGAAUGUAUUGCCUUCACUCUCUCUCUCUCUGCUCCUGCGGACAUUUUCUCCUAGAUAUUUCAUUGUAAUUCUAACUUCUGUCAACUAUGAUGAACAGGCUUAAAGCAAACUUUUUAAACUUGGCAAAAUUGACUUUUUGGUA